AUGAUUAGUAUUUUUCAUGAUAUUUUUGUAUUUUAUUCAUAUUUAGAUGAAAUACUUUUAUUUCAUACAUUUAAAAAUCAAAUUUUAUCACUUGUUAUCCAUAUGAGUCGAGAUGACAAUCAAAGUAUAACAGAAAAUAUAAACACAAUUAUAUUUACAAAUAUCUUUAAUAUGUUCAUCAAUUUGCAGCAUUUUAAUUUUGUUUCGUCUUCAAUUUGGUAUCAAAUGUUAUCAUUUGAUUAUUCAUCUCCAGCUUUUUUCUCGUCAAAUCUAUUCGAAUUACACGUCAGUUUGGAUAAUUCCAUUGAUUGUCUUUAUUUACUUGAUGGACGUCUCAAUGAACUUCGUACACUUCAUGUUAAUAUUACUCUAAUCACUCGUUCAAUUUUAGUCGAUAAUAAAGUUGGUUAUUUUAUUUAA